CCGGUCGGAACUGGCAGACAGGCAAGCCACACCGAGCGAUGAGUGUUGGUUUGUGGGACUCUGUCGACUCGACCUUCCAGGACGACAUCCUCGCGUACGCGGGCCCGCUCACGCAGUACCUCAACGGCCGCCUCAUCCUCGACAGCCCGACCGCCGAGCGCGCCGUCAUCGCCGAGGCCUACGCCCGCGAGUGGCCCGGCGACCUCGCGUCUCUGCCCAACGCGUUUGGCAUGCGCCACGUCGGCGUGCAUGCGAUGAUCCGCUCCAAGGCCAUGCGGUCGCGCUACGAGCGUCUGUACGGUCCGGUACGUCGCGUGUACCCGUUUGUCGACGCCUACGACCGCUUCGACCCGUGGCGAGAGCCGCUGGAGGAGAUCCCGACGGAGUCGCUCGACGACAUUGCGCUGCGCAACUGCUGGGUCGACGACCUCGCGUCGUACGUCUCGUCGCCGAUUGCGCUCGCGCUCGUCGCGGCCAUUGGCGGCCACGCUACGCUGUUGGCGUUCACCGGCUCGGACCUCGGCGUCGACCUCGCCAAGCUCGCGUAUGCGCCCGCCACAUACGACGCGCUCUUGGAUUACGUUGCGGGCGAAGGCUACCUUGACGUCUUGCAAGUGCUGCACGCCGCCGGAAGCGCACAUUGUACGGCGGCGGCCAUGGACAAGGCAGCGGUGGCCGGGCACCUCGACGUCGUUUCCUGGCUGCACGCGCACCGAAGCGAAGGCUGCACGAGCGACGCUUUCGACGCAUCCUUGCUGCAGGGCCACGGCGACGUUCUCGCGUUUCUUCAAGCGCAUCGGACCGAAGGGCACUCGCCGCACAUAAUCGACGUGGCCGUGCGCUCGGGCAAGCUGGACGCCGUAGAGACACUGCACCGUCUCGGGCUCCCGUUCUCGCCGGCGGCCAUGGACGUUGCCGCCGCCUGUGGCCACGCCGACAUUGUGACCUUUUUGCAUAUGAAGCGCAGUGACGGAUGCAGCGUCGCGGCCAUGGACAGCGCUGCGCGCCACGGCCAUUUGCGGAUUGUUCAGUUUCUGCAUACGCACCGGCACGAAGGCUGCUCGACGGCUGCGCUCGACGGCGCCGCGUUUAACAACCAUUUGGACGUCGUGCAGUAUCUCCAUCGGCACCGGCGUGAAGGCGGCACCGCCCACGGUAUGGACCGAGCGGCCCACCGCGGCCAUGCCACCAUGGUUGAGUACCUACACCGGCACCGGAGCGAAGGCUGCACGACGCGCGCGGUCGACUGGGCAGCGUCGUCGGGCCACCUCGACGUCGUUGAUUUUCUAACGCGCCAUCGAACCGAAGGGUUUACGUACAAGGCGGUGCUCUGGGCCGCGACCAAAGGCCACAAAGACGUGGUCCGACUCCUCGGCCAGCUCGAUGCACCGCAGUACGACCGCGUUCGCCGGGCGAUCGCCGAGGCCAAGGUCGCAAUGCGGCACGACAAGGCGAGCUACCUCCAGGAAGUGACGGGCGUCGUUGGCGCCGACGACGAUAUUAUGCGCUUCGGUGUCCUCUUGCGGCAACCAGACGACGACGACUACAGUGAUUGGGACGCCGAUCAGAUCGACGACGACUUGGGUAGUUUUGAGCACGAGCUGCGGCUCGGUGUUUAAGAGUUGCGAGUGUGAAAAGUCUGUGUAAAAAGUCUUUUGUGUGUGAAAAG